AAGCACAAGUGUCUUUUACUGGCAGGAAGCUGUAACUUCUCAAAUUUUCUGAGGAGAAGGCUGAGAAGUUAAAAAAGAACUCCUUCCUUUUCUCCAUCAGAUGAUUAAACUGAUUUUAUACUACCCAUUUCUUUAAGGCUAGGAGGGCCCGGAGGUCUCACAGUGGAUGGCCUUGACGUCUUUUGUGCCUCGUCAAGCCCUUCGCUUUCCACAAAGCGUUGCAGAACCACCUUCUUGGCCGUUGGAUCAUAGUGAUCUCUUUCGCCCAGUCCGCCGGAGCUGAUGUCGCAUGCGGAUAACCCCAUCACCCCCAGAGACUGGAUUUCCGAGUAAGGCUUUAACAAGUGUGUGUGGAUGAAUAUUGAUUGAAAGGAGGUUUCAGUAUGAAUUGUUAUGCUUGGCUAUCUCUUCUGCUAACACUUGGUCAUCUAUGGCCUUGCCUUCCAAGUAUGCAGAACCAUAACACCCACAAAAUGAACCAACCUUUUGCAACACUUCAGAGAGUGAAACGUGGCUGGGUAUGGAGCCAGUUUUUUGUGUUGGAAGAACAGAUUUUAACAGAGCCUUUGUGUGUUGGCCAGCUGAAGUCUGAUUCCGACAAACAUGAUGGCACUUUCAAAUACAUUUUGACGGGGGAUGGAGCGGGAAGCAUUUUUACUAUCGAUGAGUAUACAGGUACAAUUCAUGUGACACAGAAGCUUGAUCGAGAAGAGAAACCUUUCUACACUCUAAGAGCACAGGCAAUUAACAGGAAUACCCAGCUGCCCGUUGAACCUGAGUCAGAAUUUAUCAUCAAAGUUCAGGAUAUCAAUGAUCAGGAACCAAAGUUCUUGGAUGGACCUUAUGAAGCUACUAUUCCAGAGAUGUCUCCCGAAGGUACUUCGGUGAUACAGGUUACAGCUACAGAUGGAGAUGAUCCUGCUUAUGGCAAUAGUGCCCGACUGCUCUAUAGUAUUUUGCAAGGACAGCCCUACUUCUCUGUGGAGCCAAAGACAGGGGUCAUUAGAAUUUCUUCCCAAAUGGACAGAGAAACUAAGGAGCAAUACUUUGUCAUUAUCCAAGCCAAAGAUAUGGUUGGGCAAAUGGGUGGAUUUUCAGGAACAACAACUGUAACCAUCAACCUCUCUGACAUCAAUGACAACAAACCCAUAUUUCAACAAAAGUUCUACUACAUGAAUAUCUCUGAGGCAGCACCAGUGGGCUCUACCAUAGGCAAAAUCAUGGCAGAGGACAGUGACAUAGGGGAGAAUGCAGCCAUGAAUUAUGUCACCGAAGGAGAGGAAUCACUUGUUUUUGACAUCAUUACUAACAAUGAGACCCAAGAAGGAAUUGUUAAAUUAAAAGAGAGAGUGGAUUUUGAGAGCAAAAGGAGAUACAGUGUUAGAGUAAAAGCUAUCAACAGGCAAAUGGAUGACCAUUUUAUGAAAGAAGGGCCCUUUGAAGACACAACCAUUAUCAAGAUCAGUGUGGAAGAUGCUGAUGAGCCUCCAGUUUUCACCUCACAAAACUAUGUGAUGGAAAUUGCUGAAGGGGCCACAAAUGGCUCCUUUGUUGGUGCUAUAACUGCCAGAGAUCCAGACAAUGCCAACAGUCCCAUCAGGUAUUCUAUUGUCCAUAGCACGUAUUUAAAGAGAUUGUUCAGCAUCAAUGCACACAAUGGAACAAUCAUUAUAACUAAGCUUCUGGACCGAGAGACAGCUGCUUGGCACAACAUAACUGUUACAGCCACAGAAAUGAGAAAUCCAGAACAAGUUUCUGAAGUAACUGUGUAUGUUCAAGUUCUUGAUGUUAAUGACCAUGCUCCAGAAUUCCCAAAACACUAUGAGAUUUAUGUGUGUGAAAAUGCAAGAUCUGGACAGCUAAUCCAGACCAUCAGUGCAGUGGAUAAAGAUGAUUCAGUAGAAGGCCAUCAUUUUUACUUCACUCUGGCUCGGGAGGCCACAAACAACUCAAAUUUUACUGUCAGAGAUAAUCAAGAUAACACGGCUGGAAUUUUUACAGCAAAAAAUGGCUUCAGUCGACAAGAGCAGUUUGCUUUCUUCCUGCCAGUCCUAAUUGUGGACAAUGGAACCCCCUCACUUACCAGCACAAACACCCUAACUGUCAGCGUCUGUGAUUGUGAUACUGAAGCUAGUGCCCAGUCUUGUCGAUUUGGAGCUUUCAUGUUUUCCCUGGGUCUCAGCAUAGAAGCAUUAGUUGCAGUUUUGGCCUGCAUACUAGUAAUAUUAGUGUUUUUUUUGGCAAUGCUGGUUUUAAGGCAGCGGAGGAAGCAGUCUCUAUUUCCUGACAAGCCUGAAGAGUUCAGAGAGAACAUUGUCAGGUAUGAUGAUGAAGGAGGGGGAGAGGAGGACACAGAGGCUUUUGAUAUUUCAACACUCAGGACUCGUACUGUCAUGAGAGAGCACAAGUCUAGAAGAAACAUCACAACUGAAAUCCAAAGCCUUUACAGACAAUCUCUGCAAGUUGGUCCUGACAGUGCUGUGUUCAGGGAAUUCAUUUUAGAAAAGCUUAAAGAAGCUAAUGCAGAUCCUACUGCUCCGCCAUAUGAUUCCCUUCAGACAUAUGCAUUUGAGGGGACUGGCUCAUUGGCUGGAUCCCUCAGCUCUUUAGGAUCAAGCAUGUCACAUGUGGAUGAGAAUUAUGAUUACCUUACUGAGCGGGGGCUGGACUUUAAACAACUAGCAUGCAUGUAUGACCCCAAUAAGAGUAUAAGGGAUUAGCAACCAGUAUGGGGCCACAUUUUCAAAAGUACUCGGCAGCCAAAAUCAAGUCUGUAUUUGAAAAUGAGACCAAUUUAAGCAUCAAAAUAAGUGACCAGGUUUCAAGAACAGCAGUUCAAAAGGAUGGUGGAUGCUGAGAACCUUUCGAAAAUCUGCCUGUGAGUGUCACUCUGAGAAGUGCUGAAUGCUCAGCCCUUUUGAAAGUCAGCUCUUAUUCAGGUGCCUCAAUACAAGCUGCGCUCCUUUGAAAAUCUAGUUCCAAUGGUGGGUGCUUAAAACAGGUCCCACAAGCACAGGAUAAAACAAAACAAAAUAACUAUGGUUCCUGGAAAUAUUUGACCUAGCUUAGGCUUUACAACUAUUUCCAAAGUUAAGGCUGACUUGGUUGGGUUUUGUUUUUGUUUUGUUUUUUCAUAUUAAUUAACCAAAGUUAAAGCUUGCAUAUUUGUAUUAUGUUUCAUAAUAUAAAUACUAUUGUGUAAAAAUGUAGACACCAGACAUAUUUUUAAAGGAUUGUCAAAAACACUUACAAAGUCUUCUAUUUAUUUUUUUUUAGGAUAAAACUAAAGCAAAUGCAGUUUUUAGCCAUGUAAAAAUAAAGGCCUGUUACAGUCAACAUUUAUUCACUAUUAAAUUUGAAUUUUUAUUAAACUGUUGGAAAGUGUGUCAAAUUCCUAAUUAAUUUCUCAGUUAAUGCAUUCAAAAAUUAUAAAGGGCAAAAAGUAUUAGGUUCAAGUCUGAAUCAAUAUUCAACUUAAAUACAAUAGAAUCAACCAUGUUACAUUUUACUGUGCAUAGCGUCAAAUACAAUUCACGUCUGGGCUUUUUCCCCUUUUAUUAAGAGUUUAAAAGAUGACUGAUUUCCCAGCACAGAUAUUUUUUUAUUGUGGAAUAUAAAAUUAGCUGCAGUACUCAAUUUUAUUGUAACAGUAUUAAAGAUCUUUAAAAUGCUAAGCUGGUGGAUAUAAAACUUGAUGUAUAACAUUAGAUAGUAAAACACUUUAAUGUUAAUCCAGUUCUUCAGAAAAUGAUCCCACAUCAUUCUGAAGGAAUCGAGUCAGACUUCAAAAUUAAUUUCCUACUGUAUUUUUUUUACACAGUCUGUAGUGAGUAUAAAAUUGUCUCAGAACUAUUCCUUUUCAAUUAUCUGUAUGGAGGAUCAACAGAAAUUAAUGUUCUAAAAACCAUCAAAUAUAUUCAAAUGUCUGGCUAAGAAUAGAAGGCUCCGCCUUAUAUUUAUUCACCAUUUUCUAUUAGCUGUUUAUUUUACAGUAUCUGCAACAUGUAAUCAAUUGAAACAUUUCAACAGCUGAAAGCUGGCAUCAGGAUAAGAAAAACAGAGCAAUUAGCUUUUUUAUUUAAGCUCUCAGGUAAGCUCCACUGAAUUACAAAAAACUAGGCAAAUCUUAUACAAGAAAUGAAAAUGCAUGAAGCAUAGCAAACAUCACAGAGCUUGUAAAAUUAUUUGUUUAUUAAAGAAAAACAAGGGAUGUCGGCUAAGCAGAAAUAUGCUAGUACAGAGACCCUGUAAAUGCCUGCAAGUUAAAAAUAAAGCACAGGAGAAAGUAAGGGAAUUAGGACACAAAGGGGUGUGUGUCCAGAAAAGAAAAACUACAGAUGCUAUUUGUUCUUGAACAAUAUUGACAAGCAUGUGACUAGCAGCUGAUGAACCAGCACAUGUAUAAUGGGGGAAAGUUGUUUUUUUUGUGAGAACAAUGCUAAGGUUCCUCCGUAGAAGAGUUGCCACAGAGUAACUUUAAAAGAUGCAUGUCAAUGAAGCAUUGCAAUGAUAGAUCUAAUGCUUGUAUUCAAUGGCACUCAGACAGAUGUGACAAAAUGGUUUCUAGUUAGAUAAUAUUGUGCAUAUCAAUCAUUAGCUCCAUGGAAAAGAAUAGGAAUGAGACAACAAAUGAGCUUGUAUUUGUUUGUUUUGCGGAAUGGGAGUGUGAAGGGCUAUAUACAACUCACACAGAUGAGGAAAGGACCAGAGUCCCUGUGCGGGGGUGCUAGUUCCAUCCCUUGGUCCUGUCAACCAUGUAUUGGAGGGAGGAGACCUUUAAAAAGGAAGAAACUGCAGUCAGCUGGGAGGAGAGACCACCUUCAGCAGGAAACUGCUGGAGCAGCGCCACAGAGGAGAACUUCCAUCCAGAAGAUCUCCACUGUGACCCUAUCAAGAGUCCAGCAAACUCCCAGAGCAAGCAUGUCAGCGUGAGCAUGAUUCAGGAGCCCAGCCUGAGGGACUCCUUGAAAACCAUUGCACAGAUGUUGUACUGUUGGACUUUUUCCAUUUGAGGGGCCCCAGUGAAAAGUUAUUUUGGGGUAUGCUCGGGUGUUUAACUUUCCUUAUGAUCCUCCUUUAGAAGGCACUUAAGAAGGCCCACAAAGAGGAGGGUCCCCUUGCAAGAAGUAAGAAUCUGGGCCCUGUGCAUGAGCCAUCCAUUGUAAAUACCUAGGCGUGGUGAGUGUCUUCCACCAUCUGGGAGAAAAACCUAAGGGGACUCUUUUACAGGGAGUACAUAUCUACAUCCAGAUUCUGAAACCGUAAGAGGUACCAUACUCCACAGUUGGUCCCAUUGACUUUAAUUGAACCUCCUGUGGAAUGGAAUAGCAUUCAUGGGAAGAAGGAUGUCAGCCUUUGUAUCUCAAUGUGGAUUGUGAGAAAAUGAUCACUGUUCAAUUGUUCAGACA